AUGGCCGAGAUGAUGAUCAACGAGCCGAUCGCUUUCUCCUUCAGCUUGGAGUCGAUCUGCUACAGCAUGAAGACGAUCUUCUUGGACGAGGGUCUGAAAUUCAAGAGGUCGGAGAUGGUCAAGUGCAUCACGGCCAGCAUCGAGGAGGUGAUGACCACGACGAAGAUAGUCGAGAAGAACAAGAUAGUGGACGCGAGGUUCUUCAAGAACUCCAAGAAGAUCUUCCAGAAGGAUUUCUCUUUCUCAGCCAUGUUCAAGUACAUGAAGGACAUGAGCCUGUGGAAGAUAUUGGACUCUGCCUUCAUGGACAGGAAGGAAGCUGAUCUCGUGUUUUGCCUCCUUUGCGAAAUUGCAGAUCGGAGUAGACUCAUGGUGAAGAUCUUGGAGUCGAUCAGCAAGUCCUUCUCCAAGCAACUGAGGGAAGAUAUGUUGAGCAAACCGAACAAGGAGGAGAUCUUCACGCAGAACUCCAGACUGAUCAAGUCCAACAUGGCGGCCCUGAAGAACCCAUCCAUGACAUACUUCGCUCGCCUUCAUUCCAUGGACAAGGCCAUGGACUCGGAUGAGAGGCCUAAGAUGAGCCCCAGAAGCUCCUUCCGGCGAGGGGACUCGCGGCGAGAGCGCGACGAUUCGGAGCAUCUCCGCUUCAGCGAACAGACUGCGCCAAUCCCCUCCUCGAAUCAGCGCCACCGCAGCACUUCUACCGGAUCUGAGGCGCCCGAUGGCCCCAACCGACGUCCGCAGCGCCGCGGCCGCAGCCGGGCUCGCACAGAGGAGGUGAGACCGACGAAUCAGGCCGACAUAUCCUCGGUCUCCUGGAUGCUGGAGUAUGACCACGUUCAGCCAGAAAACUUGGCGAACCCCUUCCAGCAAUGCCGUCAGAGUGUGGUGCAUUCCUCGAACCUGAGGCAUCGCCCCGUCCCAAGCAACGAGCCGCAGCCGCCUCCUUUCCAUUACGGUGAGCCGACACCUCCGAUGGAUGUGCCGCCGGCUGCCGCCAGUGCUCGUAGCUGGCGUACAGCUGAUGGCCCCUGGCGUGCCAACCAGCACCAACAAAGAUCUCAGACUCACUCGGUGAAGUUGCAGGCGCUGCCUUUGCCGCCGCGUCCUCGAAGCCAUGGUGCAGAGGACAGGGACAGUCGCAGCAGCGGAAGCAGCCUGUCCUUCGUCGACGAGCUGAAUGACGCGCGGAAGGGAGAGGUCGAGAAUACCGCCUGGCAGAGGACUUUGGAGGAGCGGAUUGAUGAGAGCAAGGCGGCCCUGCAGAAAUACAGGAUGACCAUUGACAUGCUCCAGUACAGCUUCGAGCAUGGCGACGCUGCUUGGUGGAAGCACUAA